GAAGAUAAUCGUCAGUGGAGAAAGCCAGCCUGUCUCUGUGCCUGAGCCAGCAGGCACUUCAGGAUGUGGAACAGCAACAGUUAAAGCUCCAGAACCUUUGACCCGAUCAGAAACACCAGGCUCAGACACCAGGCAAGGCUGGUCCAAAAUGGGUUCUUUCUAUCUUCCAGCUACUUUGGCACUCAUCAGUAGAGCAAAGCCUCGCCCUCGCACUUCCCCUGUUUCUGGUGACUUUGGGUGCUCAGUGUGCCACAAGAUCUUUCCCCUGCAGCGCAUGCUGACCCGCCACCUGAAGUGCCACAGCCUGGUAAAGAGACAUCCUUGUCGAUUUUGUGGCAAAGGAUUCAACGACACUUUUGACUUGAAGAGGCACAUGCGAACGCACACAGGUAUUCGACCCUACAAAUGUGAGCUGUGUGAGAAAGCUUUCACACAACGUUGCUCUCUGGAGUCCCACAUGAGGAAGAUCCACGGUGUUCACCAACAGUACGCCUAUCGACAGAGACGAUCUAAAAUCUUUGUGUGUGAGGACUGCGGUUACACUUCGAGUCGUCCUGAUGAGUACUUCCUUCAUGUGAGACAGCAUCACCCGAGCAGUCCUGCCCUUCGUAGAUACUAUCGACGYCAGGCGCACGAGAACAGCAGCUUUGCAUCAGCAGAUCCUAAACUUAACCCCUAUCUGUUGUACUCUACCCCUGCAUACUACAUGUAGUACUCAUUCCCAUCACUUGCAUCCAUUCUUUAUCAAUUAAUCAAUGCCUGCUUUGAUUUAAUACUGUGUAAUAAUUAAAAUAUUUGUGC